UGUUUUUUUAAUCCUUUGGCUUGUGUUCUAGUGAAACUAACAACACUUGUUAAACAAUGACAUGAGAAUUACAAGGUGCAGCUGUACAACCACAGAUGGGGAUUCUUGCCAGUAUGAACAGGGUGUCUUCUGCAGCAUGUUGAAUUUUUAAUCCUUCAUUUGUGCAGCAGGUUGAAGCAUGUAAGCACCAGAUGGGGCCCUUCUGAUAUACAGGACUUUGUUGUCUUCACUGCUGAGGGCAGCAGGCCUGGAGGGCAGCCCUUGUGCUGGACUUCUGCAGCAACAGAGCUGGUUUCUGGUAAUCUGUGGCUCACCCUCACAGUAUUAGGGGCUUUCCACAAUUCAGUUUUUGCUUCCAUAGCUCUGUUCUGCUACAAACACUGAAAUGUAAGCAUACUAAUAAGCCACAUAAUAAACCACUUAAGCAGUGCUUUAAAUAUUAGAAGUGUCAUUUGUCUUUCUUCUUCUCCUCCCAUCAGAUCAUUUUCCACCUUCUUCAUAUUUUUGAUUCAAUAUUGGGCUGAUAUUACAUUACUUGACCUGAAAGUAAAUAAAAAACAGUUACAGUAGAUGUGAAUAAGUGGUCAGGAGUAGAUAACAUUUACAAGAGAGUUCCUCAGAAACUCGUAUCAGAAACCACAGAGCUGGGUCUCUAUCACUGGAGGUUGAGUGACCCAGCCAUCAGAGGCUACCAAUACGUUCAAAAACUGCUUUAGUGGGGCCAGAGGAAUGCCAAAAUGAUAGGACUGGCUGCCAUUCCUCGUGAGAUCAUACAGUCUGUGAUAGAAACUGAAAUCAAGGGACGUAUGGAGAACACAAUCUGUUGUGAAGGUGGUGGAGAGGUUCCAGUGAAGUCUGGCAUAAUCGACAUUUGGAGGAAGGGCAGAGGGAAACAGAAAGAAAACCUCUACCUGUCAUCUUAGCUUUCUAAGGAAAGCUAGAUUGAAAAGCAGAAGAAGCUGGCAUGUGAUGAAAAACAGGGAAACAAAACUGUUGCAACGUCAGCUUGCUCUGCCCGUCGCGUGUGCUGCGCUCCUGCUUACCGACGUCAUGAUGUGAUGGCCGUGACUGCCCGGCUGGACGCUCGCACUUAGGCUUCGAGUUUCCCCACAGCUGCUGAACGACACAGCCACUGCUGCCUGGGCUGCUCAUACUGCUGCCGCUGCCGCUGCUGCUGCUGCUGCUGCUGCUGCCGCCGCGCAUCUGGCGUGCGGCUGGAGCCCCUCGCUGCGCACGGCAGGCACUAAGUUAGCCAGGCUGGUUGCAGGCGAGGGAACACAGCAAGAGCUUUGGAGGUCACAGCAGCGAGGCGGAGCGUGGACGCCAACAAAUACAAAUCCAAGCCAGCUGGGGAUUUGUAAUGUCGGUUAAUAUUGCAGCCUUUGGGAAUGAAAGAGAUGGGCCUUCUGAGGACAAUCAACAGCCAAGCCUGAUAUGGAGCUAUCUCAGGAGAAGCGCUCUCAUUUCUGAGAUUGACUGCAGCUUGUCUGCCAGUCACGUUGGAAACCCAGGUUUUACUGAGUACCAAGCCUCUGUGUUUGGAAACGUCAGACUGGUGGUACGCGACUGUCCUGUCUGGGAUAUAUUUGACAGUGACUGGUAUACCUCCCGCAGUCUCAUUGGAGGAGCUGAUAUUGUUGUAAUUAAAUACUCUGUCAAUGAUAAGACUUCAUUUCAAGAACUAAAGGACAAUUACAUCCCAAUGAUAAAAAAAACAUUAAACCACUGCUCAGUUCCAGUAAUAAUUUCUGCUAUUGGUGCAAGAAAAAACGGAGUGCCUUGUACCUGCCCACUGUGCACAUCGGACAGAAGGAGAUGUGUCACCACUGCUGAAGGAGUUCAGCUUGCCAAGGAACUAGGAGCCACUUACCUCGAGCUACACACUCUCAAUGACUUCUACAUACAGAAAUAUUUUGGAGGCGUGCUGGAAUAUUUUAUGAUCCAAAGUUUGAAUCAGAAGUCACCUGAAAAAAUGAAGAGAAGGAAAAAGACGCAGAAGUGUCAUCGAGUUCAACCACCUCAGCUUGAACAGCCAGCAGAAAAAAUGCCCAUCUUGAAGGGUGAAGCCUCGCACUAUGACGCGGACCUGCACAACCUGCUCUGCUGCUGCCAGUGCGCAGAUGUGGCGUUCUACCCUGAGGACUUCAGCACGGUGGUAGAGGCUCACAAGGUCAUCCUCUGCUCCGUCAGCCACCUCUUCAUGCUGCUUUUUAAGGUGAAGAGCCCUGCAGACAUCUGUGACACCUCCAUCAUGCAGACAGCGCAGAGCCUCUUCACGGUGGAAGCAGAGGCUGCCUUCCCGCUGGCGCCCCGCGGCAUCCCACCCUGCAUCCCACUGCUGAGGGUGGUGGUGAAGGACUCUGCCUUCUGCUCAUGUCUCCCAGACAUCCUCCACUUCAUCUAUUCAGGUGCUUUCCAGUGGGAACGACUAGAAGAGGAUAUAAAAAAAAAGGUGAAGGAUCCAGAAAAAACUGAAAAUGUGCUUGGCAAAGUUAAAUGCAUCCUGAAAACCCCAAGGAAGUUAAACACUACAAAAGACUGCAAAUCUCAACAGAUGAAACGGCUGUAUAAUACAUCUCUCAGGCUGUUCUUUAAUACACCUGUCCUAGCUGAUGUCAUCUUCAAAAUACAAGAUGCAACUGUACCAGCCCACAGAGCAGUUCUGGUAGCUCGCUGUGAGGUAAUGGCAGCUAUGUUUAAUGGUAAUUAUCUAGAAGCAAAUAGUAUUCUGGUUCCAGUGUAUGGGGUUUCCAAAGACACUUUCCUCUCCUUUCUAGAGUAUCUUUAUACCGACUCCUGCUGUCCAGCUGGUAUUCUCCAAGCUAUGUCUCUCUUGAUCUGUGCAGAGAUGUACCAAGUAAUGAGACUCCAGCAUAUUUGUGAGCUUUACAUUAUCACACAGCUUCAGAGCAUGCCUAGCAGGGAGCUGGCAUCCACAAGCCUCAGCAUUGUUAGCUUGCUCAAAAAAGCUAAGUUUCACAAUUCUGAUUGCCUUUCAACUUGGCUUCUUCAUUUUAUUGCCACUAACUACCUCAUCUUCAGUCAAAAGCCUGAAUUUCAAGAUCUUUCAGUGGAGGAGCGCAAUUUUGUAGAGAUGCACAGAUGGCCUUCAAAUUUGUACCUGAAGCAGCUUGCUGAUUACAGGAACUACAUCCACUCUCAGAAAUGCCAUUGCAUAGUAAUGUAAGAAGACUGAGCACAUGCGAAGUUCAUCAUGACUCAGAAACCUCAGACUGGGAAUUACACAAAGGAUAAAAAUCCUUUCAAGAGCAAAUAAAAUACCGAUCUACCCUGGAACACCAUAUGCCAUGCUGUAGCUCACCUACUAAUAUUCCUUGCUUUGGUAAUGGACCACUACUUUUCCAUUAAAGCAUGGAAAAAUAUAUGAUGAAGAUUUAUUUCAAGCACAAGAAUUUCGUAACCAUGGGGAUUAAAUGUAGUACAGAUCACAUCA